CUCUCUGCCCACUUGGCGCCGCCGCCCGUUGCCUCGAUUCGACAUGAGUCUACUGCGACAGAGCCGACUACAGCAUACGCUUCUGCCUCGCUGCAUAUGCCAAGCUCAGGUACGGACAGCGAUCAGCUCGGCCAAGCGACAGACGAUCCCAGUCGUGCUCACGAUUGACGUACCUCUGCUAGGCAAGAGAGGUCAACUUGUGGAUGUAGCGCCCGGCCGAAUGCGCAACCUGUUUUAUCCUCGUGGGCAAGCACUUUAUGCUGGCAGCAAGAGAGCUGCUCUACUGCAGCAACAAGCCGAAGCAACGCCCGCCCCGCUUGUCGACGCUAUCCUCGAUGACUUCCCUGCCACCUCGGCGGAACAAGUCAUAGCGUCUGGCUCGAGCGAGAAGAAAAUGCCUACGGAUGCUCAAUUGGCUCCUCGCAUCGAAGAGGCGCUCUUGCGCAAGAUGAGCAAGAUCACAGAGCCUUUGGUGUUCAAGCGCAAUCUGAUCGAUACCGCUGCCUUUGGCACGGAAGCGGGCAAGACGACGGAUAUACCCUCUGUGCCGAUGCACGGCUCUGUGACCUUAGCAGACGUGCUCGAGAUGCUCGAGACUGCUCACAAUGUCGAACUGCGUAAUAUACCGAGCGUAUCGCUCAGUUUUGCAGCCUCGGUCGGCCUUGAAAACGACCGGCUCAAGCAAACAGGCUCCUACAAAGCUAUCGUUGACCUGAGAACGCUCGGUCAAGAGUAUUCGCUAGACAUCUACGUCGUUCCAACGUAGCAGCAACGCAACUCUAUGCAAGCCAUGUGUACUUGUACAUGCGAG